CAAAUGCGGAGGGUUUCGAUAAGAUUACCGGACCGGCAUUAUGUUUUUGCGGCGAUAGUCUGGUGAAGCAUCUACGCUUCCAAGUAGGACUUUAUCCAAAUUGAUUUUCCUUCAACAUAGCUAUUUUUCUGUUCAUUUUUCUCCUCACACGGAGCUUUCGUUCAAGAUGGCGUCUGGACGAAAAGACUUUUUGAGCCAGCCUGCCCCUGAAAACUACGUCGCGGGUUUAGGUAGAGGUGCGACCGGCUUUACCACUCGGUCAGAUCUAGGUCCUGCGCGAGACGGCCCAACACCGGAGCAGAUCCAGGCCGCACUUGCGAAACGAGCACAGCUUCUUGGAGCGGCACCUCCGACAGCCUAUGGUGCAGGGCGCGAAAAGGGUGGCAAGGAAGAAAAAGAAGAGGAGGAAGACGAGCGUUUUCAGGACCCGGACAAUGAAGUCGGGCUCUUUGCCUACGGACAGUUCGACCAAGAUGACGAUGAAGCGGAUCGCAUCUAUAGAGAGGUAGACGAAAAAAUGGAUAAGCGCCGGAAAGUAAGAAGGGAAGCUCGAGAACGACAAGAACAACAAGAUUACGAAGAAAAGAACCCCAAAAUUCAGCAACAAUUUGCCGACUUGAAGCGGUCAUUAGCUGCCGUCUCCGAAGAAGAUUGGGCCAAUCUCCCAGAGGUUGGAGAUCUUACAGGCAAAAAUAGACGAGCGAAACAGAACUUACGGCAGCGCUUUUAUGCCGUACCGGACAGUGUCAUUGCCGGCGCAAGAGACUCGGCGCAGUUUGAUACAACAGUUGCCGAAGAUGGCACCCAUACCGAUGCCCAGGGUGCGGACGGAACGAUGACCAAUUUCGCGGAUAUCGGUGCGGCCCGAGACAAGGUACUGAAAGUGAGACUGGACCAGGCUGCUUUGGGAUCAUCUGGCGACACCACGUCGGGUAGCGCGACAAAUAUCGAUCCAAAGGGAUACCUUACAAGUCUGACGCAAUCGGAAGUCAAAGCUGGCGAGGUCGAGGUUGGGGACAUUAAACGAGUUCGCGUUCUACUGGAGUCGGUGACGAGGACGAACCCGAAGCAUGCGCCUGGAUGGAUUGCGCUUGCACGUUUGGAGGAACUUGCCGGACGAAUCGUUGCUGCCCGAAACAUCAUUGCAAAGGGAUGUGAGCUUUGCCCCAAGAGCGAGGAUGGUUGGCUUGAGAACAUCCGUCUCAAUGAAGGCCAUAAUGCCAAAGUGAUAGCUGCGAAUGCAAUUAAAAACAACGACCGUUCCACGAGACUAUGGACCGAGGCUAUGAGGCUAGAAACGGACAUCAGAGCAAAAAAGAAUGUUUUGAGACAGGCCAUUCUUCAUAUUCCCCAAUCCGUUACUAUCUGGAAAGAGGCCGUGAAUCUGGAAGACGACCCGGCCGAUGCGCGCCUGCUUCUUGCCAAGGCGGUUGAAAUGAUACCGCUGUCUGUGGAAUUGUGGCUUGCGCUUGCUCGCCUCGAGACCCCUGAAAAUGCACAGAAAGUUCUCAAUGCUGCUCGUAAGGCUGUGCCUACAAGUUACGAAGUAUGGAUUGCCGCGGCCCGACUACAAGAACAGAUGGGCACAUUCGAGAGAGUAAACGUCAUUAAGAGGGCUGUUCAGUCUUUGGCAAGGGAAAAUGCGAUGCUGAAAAGAGAAGAGUGGCUAGCGGAAGCCGAGAAAUGCGAAGAAGAGGGUGCCAUUCUCACAUGUAGUGCGAUCGUACGUGAGACUCUUGGCUGGGGCUUGGAUGAAGACGAUGACCGGAAAGACAUUUGGAUGGAUGAUGCAAAGGGCAGUAUUGCUCGGGGCAAGUAUGAGACGGCGAGAGCAAUCUAUGCCUAUGCGCUGCGCGUAUUUGUCAAUCGCAAAUCCAUCUGGAUUGCAGCCGGUGAUCUUGAGCGCAACCAUGGAACCAAAGAAGCCCUGUGGCAAGUUCUUGAGAAAGCAGUGGAGGCAUGCCCGCAGAGCGAGGAAUUGUGGUUGCAGCUUGCAAAGGAGAAAUGGCAGUCAGGGGAGAUCGACGAUGCCAGACGAGUUCUGGGCCGUGCUUUCAACCAGAACCCGAACAAUGAGGAUAUCUGGCUCGCUGCAGUUAAGCUGGAGGCCGAUGCCCAGCAGACAGAUCAAGCCAGGGAGCUUCUCUCGACCGCUCGUCGUGAAGCAGGAACAGACCGUGUCUGGACCAAGAGCGUGGCCUUCGAGCGUCAAUUGGGCAACACUGACGAAGCGCUUGAUCUCGUGAACCAAGGUCUCCAGCUUUACCCCAAGACUGACAAGCUUUGGAUGAUGAAGGGCCAAAUUUACGAAGCCCAGAACAAAUAUCCCCAAGCCCGUGAGGCCUAUGGAACUGGCAGCAGAGCCUGCACCAAGUCCAUUCCUCUCUGGCUUUUGGCCUCAAGGCUGGAAGAGAAGGCCGGAGCUGUUGUCAAGGCCCGAUCAGUUCUUGAUAGAGCCCGUCUUGCAGUUCCCAAGAGCGCUGAACUCUGGACAGAGAGUGUGCGGGUUGAGCGUCGCGCGAAUAACAUCGGCCAGGCAAAGGUCCUGAUGGCCAAAGCUCUGCAGGAGGUUCCCACAUCUGGAUUGUUGUGGAGUGAAAGCAUCUGGCAUCUCGAACCGCGGGCGCAGCGGAAAGCCCGUAGUUUGGAGGCGAUCAAGAAAGUGGACAACGACCCCAUCCUCUUCAUUACUGUUGCACGUAUUUUCUGGGGAGAACGCCGCCUGGAGAAGGCCAUGACAUGGUUUGAAAAAGCGAUUGUUUCCGACAGCGACCUGGGUGACGGCUGGGCAUGGUACUACAAGUUCUUGUUGCAGCAUGGCACAGAGGAAAAACGAGCAGAUGUGGUAUCCAAGUGCAUCUCAACUGAGCCCAAGCAUGGUGAAAUCUGGCAGUCGAUCGCCAAAGACCCGUCCAACGCGCAUAAGUCAACUGAAGAGAUCCUGAAAGCUGUUGCAGAACGCCUUACUCAAUAAACUGUUUUAACAUGGAUGUACUUUUAACACGCCUAUUCUUGUCUAUUUCUUAAUGAUAUUGCGACUUGGGGUUUUUUUUUGGGGGGGGGGG